GAGAGCCUCAGGCGAUUACUAGGGUUUUAGACAGAGACCCCAUUCCUGAAGAAAAUUGAGCAACCAGUUGCUGUUUUGCCUUUGAAACCAAAACCCUCGAACGCUCUCGGAAAUCGAAGAUGGACAAGAGCAUGCUCGGAGACCUCGACUCUCUUCCAGAGGCUGAUAAGCAGAAGAUGGCCGCCAUGAUCGACCAGCUCCAGAUCCGCGACAGUUUAAGGAUGUAUAAUUCACUCGUGGAGAGAUGUUUCACUGAUUGUGUGGACACAUUCCGGCGCAAAUCACUUGACAAACAAGAGGAGACCUGUGUUCGUCGGUGUGCUGAGAAGUUCCUGAAGCACUCGAUGCGUGUUGGCAUGAGAUUUGCAGAGCUCAACCAAGGUGCUGCAACACCUGAUUAAGGUGUACUUAAUGCUUUUCGUAGCAAACUUUGUAACUUCUGGAAACUGUUUAUGGCUUCAAUACUUUCUUCUUGGAUUUGAGCUAUUGUCCAAUUUGGGUUAUAACCCCUAUUUUACGAGUAGGAGAGAUUUUCAGUCUCUGACAAUUUCUGGAAUUUACAGAAGAUCUAAUAAGUUGGCUCAUUUUUUUGUAGUAGUCUGCUCUGGAUGAUAACAGAUAUUAUGCUCGCCAAAUUGUUGCUACUUGGAUUUUGAUUAAUUUUGCCAAGAAUUGACA